CGGUGGGGCAGCAUCUCACCCUGUACUCGUGCCACAGUGCCUCGCCCUGACCUGCACUGUCACCACUUUCUGGCCAUUAUUGAAGCCAUCUUAGCCUACUCAUUUUGGCACUAAUGAUUUAUUUUGGCCACAAUGAGGCAGGUGAUGCGUGUUGGGCACCGUGGAGUCAGCAGGGUUCCUCACCUGGCAUACGUCACACACCCAGGGAUUAUUUAAAUAACCUUAACCUAUUUCGAGACUUGACUGUUAUGGUUAUCAAUUUGUGAUCUCUAUAGUAGGCAUGGCGAACGGAACCAAGAAGCCCGGCUACAUCAGCAGCUUCAUGUCCUUCUUGGAGUCACAGGACAUUGAUGACCCUGAUGAUCCAGGUGCUAUGGCAGACACUAACAGUGCCUCAGACAAGGAGGGGAAAGGAGUUAAUGUUGACAUCAAGAAAGAAGAGUCUUCAGUAACCUUUGAUCCACCAGAGGAUGAUGGACUUGCCGAUAAGGAGAUUAAGGUAGAAAUGGAGGAAUUAGCCUCUGCCGACUACAUCCCAGAAGAGGUCCAGGCCACUGAUGGGGAAAACACCAACAGCUCUGAGGCAACUAGCACAAGUGAGAGUGGCGAGACUUCUAAGGGUGGCCGGCGCAAUGUGGCAAGGAGAGGGCGACGCAAGAAUGGUGCAGCACAAAGUGAGACAAGACCACAGAGAGAGAACCUGCGGAGAACAUCCCGGGCAGUGAAGCGGUACGGCAACACUGAAGUGGAGUCUGAUGGCCUGGCAGACUCAGACCCAGACUUCCAUCUCAGUGACUCAGAUGAUGACCCUGACUUCAAUCCAGUAGACAAAAAGACGAGUGCGGCCAGUGAUGAUGAAGAGGAGAAGCCGAGGCGAGGUAGGGGGAGAGGCAGAGGAGGCACACCACAUAGAGGCGUUUUCUCUCCUCAAGGCCGAGGUCGAGGAAUCAAACGAACUCUCGAUAAAGAAAAUUCUGCAUCUGCUAGCAAAUCUCCCACCACCACUUCCACCAUUAUCACCACCACUGCUACCACCACCACCACCACCACCACUACCACUGGUAGUCCACCUAAGAGAAGAGGCCGGCCCCCAUCGUACCAGCCUGUCAAGAUCCUGCCCAAACCAACUACUGAAGGAAACACUAGAACAGAGGGUGGUGGGCAGGACAGUGUUGUGGUCAUGGUAAGUGAAGAGAUGAAUGAAAGGAGAGGCCCUGCACAGUUGAGUUCAGCAUACAAUUAUGCUGGAGGCCAAGUGCAGCGGCAGACUCAAAACAUCAUGGUGCCCGAGGGACCGGAGCUGACGGCGGAGCAACUUGAAAUGGUAGAGUCCCAAUUCAAGAGUGGUGACUUUGUGAUGGCCAAGAAGGACAUGGAGAUGAUGGAGAACCCACCCAUAUGGAGGAUUGAUGGCAAGUCUCUCCUGCAGAAGUUCCAAGCAUUUGAGAAAGACGGAAAGAUCCUAUACAGGAAUAUAUCAACUUACUCUGGGUGGACGUCACAGGCCAAGGCUCUCUACCUGGGGGUCAAUGUGACCUUCGUGUUCCAGUCACGCUAUGACACUGUAGUGCAGAUGUUGGGUUUUAAGCCUGAGGGGGAGGAGGAAGAGUCAGAGUCCUCCAAGGAUGAUGCCAGCAAGCAGACCUGGUCAAACAUGAAGACUCAGCAAAUGGACAUUGAAAUCUCGGAGGAGCUGCGAUCACAUAUGACAAGCUUUGAGAUCUACCUGCAGACACUCAUCUCUCAAGCCUUGGACAACAACUUUCUUGUGGAAAUCUAUGAAGAGAAUGAUGAAUACUUUGUGGAAAGAGUGAAGGUGAUUGAUGAAUUAGCAGAACAGAGAAAAAAGAAGGUCCUUGAGAUUAUUCAGUGGAACACUCAGUUCAAGGAUUCAUUAGACACAUGGCCAAAUGUUAAUGUGAUGGUCGGGCACACUAUGACUGAUGACUUGUGUACAGCAUGCUCAAAGAACAAACCUGUCAAGCUCCUCCAAAUGUAUGGGCAACUUUACAACCAACAGACACUGUGCUCCAGGGAGGCAUUGCCCUCAGAGAGUGAUAUCAAGAACUUUAAUGUGUGUGAUAGCUGCUCCAACAUCUCACAACUCUACAACAAGGUGGCACACCAGAAGUAUAAUUACUAUUCAGAGUGUAAAUCAGAGGUGACCAACAUGAGAGUGGCUGACUCCAAGAAGGCCACCACAGCCAUCCUGCAAGACCUGCUUGCUAAUGACCACUGGAUCACUAAGCUGUUCCGGUCGAUGUGUACAACGUGGAUCAAGGUAGACAGGCUCCACCAAGAUGAGAUUGAACGCUUGAAAAAAAAUCAACAGACUACAAGUGCGCCUGCCACUGCUACGUGAUGAGUGGCAGGGAAGUGCACACAGGACUAAGCGUUGCCCAUUACAAAGGCAGUGCACCUCACAGAAACUGGUGUGUAACUGUCCUCUUGGUCUCCCACAAGGAAAGAUUUGCCAGUGAAGUGACAAGUGACACAUCCCAUCUGUGGGACUCCUUACAGAAACAGUUCCAAAAGUGGUUUUAGUAAGCCUAUAAUUAAAUUGUUCUUAAUCAUAAAAUUCUAAUGUGAAUGAAUUGGUUUUAAUAUACACAGUUUCAGUGUUUUGUAAGAUGGAAUGCAGCAAGUGAGAAAGUGAGGCAGCACAAGAUUUAUGUCUUGCUCAUGGGAAGUCUUGAGAAGAGCUGAAAAGUGUGGUUGUGGUACAAACAUUUGUUGAAGUAUUGCCUCACUGCAUUAGGUGGCACCACACAAGUGGAGUGAUGAUGGAGGAAGAAGAUGAACACCAAAUUGUUAAUUGUCGCACACUGAUAUAAUGUAGCAGUCACUGAAGAUUUCAUCAGCAUACAUGAGAGUCACUUGCUUGUCUCAGUAUGACUUUCUCAUGGACAUACAGAGAUAUCCUCUCAAAUUCAGUAUCCGCCUCACAAAGAAACUGAAAUCCUUUUGUUUCUGAUGGUUCCAGCCUUCACACAGUACAAUAAAUAUCAUGAUGCUAUGUUAUGUGGAUUACAGAAAAUAUUUGAUACAUUAAAUUAGUGUGUAGAAUACAGUGGCAUAGAAGAUAAGUAUGAUAUUCAACACUCAACAUUUGCUUCCUAUUUGACUAAGGUUUUCUUUGGGUGAGUGACUGGUUAGGUGUAUUUCAUUUCCUGAUAGUUUAUGAUUGACUUUUAUUUCUUGUAAGCGAUGGAGCUGGUGAUUGUGAUAGGACAUCUUUCCCUAACAAGGCAGGAAAGUUACACUCCAAUUUGUUUUCCCUCCAUUAUCUGAUCAUCUGUUUGCAUGGAUUGCUAUAAGAAAUAUUUGCCAUAGGUUUAUCAGCAAUGGGAGCUUCACUAUUGUCAUUCAUAAGCCUGAGCUUCAUUUGAGCUACCUUGUACUUUUAUUUGUUUUGAAGUCCAUGAAUGCAACUGAAGUGUACCUCCAGCCUCUUCCAUAGGUCACUUCCCCAGCAAAGCAGACUCCCAGCACCUGUCACAUCAAUAAAGGUGGUGUCUUGUGCAGUGUGUCUCCCAUCUUCAUGAUAAGUGAUAUGCACAAUGCUGCUCUUGUGGAUGUACUAAAGCUUGGGAGGAAGUGAUCUAUAGUGCAAAACAAUUCAUCAACUGAAACUUGCAAAACCUUUCAUUUGGAAUCUUUGUUUCUUUCAUUACCAAAGCAGAUGUUCUUAAUAAUGUGUCCUAUUUUGAUCAUUUUUUAAGUAUGACACAUUAUGCUCAGAAUUUCUCUCUCUCUCUCUCUCUCUCUCUCUCUCUCUCUCUCUCUCUCUCUCUCUCUCUCUCUCUCUCUCUCUCUCUCUCUCUCUCUCUCUCUCUCUCUCUCUCUCUCUUUUGUGUGUGUUAACUUGUGCUAAAGUCAGCUUUGUGACACUUGUAAGUGCUGGUGAGGAGACUCAGGUCUGACAGUCCAGCUUGAGAUGGAUGCACGACAAAAACACAUUUUCAUAAAUCCUGACCAAAUUUUAGAAGUUGACCAAAUAAAAGUGUGUCUGCUGCUGCUGUCUCUGGCUCAGAAUUUGUCAGUGUUUUGUUAUUCUUAAUUUUCAUAACUCCACUCAUAGAUUCAUGGCAUAUACACAAUAGAAGUUAUUUUUGUACAUAAUGAGUAAGGCAGUACGGCAUAGUAUUAUUGAUGGUUUUGAAUACAUGAGAGAUGAACUUUAGGAACCUCUGCUGGAUCACAUUCAGGAAGCAGGAGUGACAGCUUAAAAGACUACAGUCAAUGAGAGUCUUGGACUUAGAUCAUGAAAGGUUUGAACAGUAGAAACAUUGUGUUGAAAUUGUGUGGCGCAUUGCAAAGAAGAAAAAAAUGUGGUAAUGUAAAUAUUAUAAAUUUAAUCAGAUGGUGUGAAAAGAGUUAAUACAUUACUGUCUGAGGCUAGAGAUUGAAAAGCAUUUUUAGGAAAGCAGUAUUGAUCUGGAGAAGCAAAGAUGGAGAUAUUUUUGUGGUGGGAGUUAAUGAAGACAUGACCUCAAGGUAACAGAUAAAAGUUGUAGAGAAAAUCAUUCCAUUUGGUAAAACAUUUCUUGCGUACACUUUGCUACAAGUGUAGGUGGAAAGUGAGAGGAAACCAUGUUAAGAAACCAAUGGAGUGAUUUCCUGUGUGCCACACUUCCCUGGGUUCAUGAUUUACCAAUGUCAUGUGUUUCAAUAGGCAUUAUGCAUCAGGUAUGCCAGUAUGCCCCUGGGCUGUGUCCUUCUUGCUCUGGAGGCAGACAAAUUCUGUGACCAGUGUAGUCUGUUAUGUUCCUUUAAAUGCAUUUCAUGCAGCAUAGAUACCUUGAGGUGGCAGGUGCACUUCACAGAUGCGUCAAAGCUGAAUGCAUCCAGAUGACACUUGCUUCAAUGAUCGUGGAACAAAUAUUAGAGUAGAUAAUUCCUUUCUACCUUAUUUUUCUAAUACCUUGCCCCUUUUGAUGUGAUCCCACAGGAAUGGCUGCUGCAAAAGAGUCCUUGCCUUUUUAUCCAAAAACACUCAUUUUGUUUUAUAUACACUCACAUGAUAAUUUAUGUUGGGUUAGGUUCAUCAGUGGUUUAAAGUGAGUUCUGCAUAAUUUGAAUAGUACAUUCCUACAUGGAGUGAUGUCAUGCUUGUGCUUCUGUUCCAUGAAUAUGUGUAAGUCACUGCUCACCACUAGAAUUUAUAGACAAUGUAGAAACAGAAUAACUAGCGUUGACACAAACAUCUUUAUUUUCUAACCAUUUUCUUGCUUAUAUAUCAGAUGUUUCGACAUCUCAGUAUGUCAUCAUCAGUGGUCUAAAAAUAAUAAAAAUACAUUAGAAUUCUAAAAGACACAAUAAAAAAAUUAUAUAUAAAAUUAUAAAAAAAUUAUACAUGAAAUAGAAGAGGUAAGAGGGGAAAGGUGAGGGGAAACGAUGACAAGUAAACAAAAAAUAAAUAAAUAAAUAAACACAGCACAGCACAGCAAGGGUUGAAAGCAAGGCAGUGAAUGACCUAAAAAUAUUUUAUGUAUAAUUUUUUUAUUGUGUCUUUUAGAAUUCUAAUGUAUUUUUAUUAUUUUUAGACCACUGAUGAUGACAUACUGAGAUGUCGAAACAUCUGAUAUAUAAGGAAGAAAAUGGUAGAAAAUAAAGAUGUUUGUGUCAACGCUAGUUAUUCUGUUUCUACUGAAGCUGAGGUUCCCCACGAACAGACCUGUCUCUGAUGUUUAUAGACAAUUAUAUGAAAUAUAUCAGCUGGUGAAACAUGUCACUAAUAAACAAGCAAGCUAAAAUAUACUAUAUAUGUAAACCAAGAAUAAAUUCAGCAAAAGGACAGUAACAGUACAAAUUCCAUUUCACAUCAAUAUUAACAAACAAUCGAGUGGUGAUGGCAAGAGGCAGAAUGUGUCACAUGAAACAAGCUGAGAUGGACUCCUUAUCACUACCAAAGAAUCUGAACCAAGUAGUCACUGGUGGUGGAGCAGGACACACCCAUCCUGCUCCACCAGCAGGGACUGUUUGGCCAGCAGCAGGAGGUUGUAUUGUUUGUCAAUGUUUGGCUUGACAGUCUCUGAGUUGUCCAAACCAUUGGUUUUAAUGGGGUUGAAUUUUACGAACCUUGCACAUUUAUUUCAUAUCAUACAUCUACACAUUUAAGGAAGUUUUAUUUAAUAAGUUGGUGUUUGUGUGGUAGCCUUUGUAAGUUAAUCUAAACCAUGAAUGGUUGAAACACAAACUAAUGAGGCUUUGUAAUUGUAUUUUUUCUGUAAUUGCAUUUUUUCCUUAUCAAUUCACAGAAAUUAAAUUCAUGUAAAGAAAGAGCAAAGUGCACACAAUAGCAAACUUCUUUUUGUACUCUCAUACUCAAUUCUUCAUUCCAGUUGCACAAGCAUCCAUGUUUAAUUGUUUAUACACAUUGGCAUGCAUAUUCAUAGAGAUCACAUGAUCAAUUACUGAUAGGUUUUCUUCACCUGCUAUUUUAUAUUUGAUUGAUUUCUCGUUGUUUAGAUUAAAUGACCUAUUGUAGCAUAUAUGCAAUAGUAUGUAGCUCACCUGUGAAGUGAUAUUGAGACAAAAGAGAGCAAAAAGAAAAAAUAAUUAGCUGGUGUAAAUACCAGAAUGAACACUUAAUCAUCUCAAAGUAUGUGACUUAGUGAUUUAUCAGUCUCAUUCCAGUUCUGAAGAGAAAAACAAAUGCAGAAUUCAAGAGGCCUCUGUACUGUGUACUUAACACUUCACUGGCAUUUGUUUUUUGGCUUGGUUUUCCUUCACAACAUGCCAACAAUGCCUUUGUUGAUGAAGCUCUACAGUAUGUGUUCAUGUGGCGGCUGUCCAUAUUCUGCAUUGACACUUGCAAUCACCAUUUUCAUCUGUAGGGCAGUUCAAUGCAAGGCCAGGGAAUGCUAUAUAUCCAAGAAUUAUAAAAAUGUGGAAGAAGCUCUUUGUGUGAAGUGGAUCACACUGCCAUUCAAGGACUGCUAGCUAACACCAUCAUGCAGUACAUGUCAUGCCUUAGAUAUGUGGGAUUGCUGGCAAAUAUAUGGGUGUUAUGGGCAAGGCAGUUCUGCUGCAUCACAGGAGUACCAUGUGGAUAGUUUUGUCAUUUUUAUGCAGGUGUGAUCAUUCAUAUGUUAUGUCUUGCAUUAGUCAUUGAAUAUCAGGACAAAUUUAUCUUAUUCUCACUUGUAUGACUGAGUGUGCAUGAGUUACUGAACACUGCUCAUCAGAUGACAGGAAGUGGCUGGCUGAAAGGAGGUGUGCAACAUGUGCAUAGUGUCUCCUCGACAGUAUUAAUACAUAAUGAAUAGAUGUGAAAGCAGAGCCACAAGUGGUAGUAAUAAUGUUGAAACACUAUCACAUGUAUUAAAUUAGGUUUAAGUAUUAAUUUCUCCAUCAUAUUUGAUGAUUCAGAGGUGAAUUUGAAGUGUUUGGACAUAAAUUGCCUCUCCUAGGCACACAAUAACUGAGUGCACCAGUUUUAGCCAUUAUUGUAUAUUUUUAUUGAUUUGUUAUCAUAUUAAUGCAGUGGAUAACCAUUUAUUGAAUUUUACUCCAACAUAUGCUUCCAUCAAAUUAAAUUUUUCACUUAAAAUGUUAAGUUUAAAACCAGUAAUUCAAUGUACAUAUUUUGAUUUUGUAAUCUCUCCUCAGUUCAUACUAAAGUUUUGUCUGACCACAUCUUCAGCCUUUUUUUUUUUUUUUUUUUUUUUUUUCAUGCUACUCAUUCAUCAUUAUUGUCAUUCAGAGCACCUCAGGAUUGCUUGUUUUACCAUAAGUCACCAGAACUGUACAUAUUCAAGUGUUCCAUAUGUGGACUCCUGUGGGGCUGCAGGACACCUCCAAGUGAGAAUAUCUAUUAUGUAGGUUUUGUAUUUCAAUUUAUCCUAAGGCAUAUAUAAUUUUAUUUUGUACUUAUUUUGUAUUAUCUUUACCAAAAAACUGAUGUUAAUAUUAAACAACCUUCAUCUGACCUAAUCCAACAAUUUGAAAUCAAGUUAUGUGAGAGAUUGGUGUAUCAGGAAGGUCUGGAUUUGAGAGAAGAUUGCAACUGUUUUUUGCAUUGUACAUAAGAGUGAAGAUAUAACUCAAGUUUUAUUGUCACAUAGACCAAGAUACACUAGUGAAUGUCAGCAGUAUGGAUCAAACAAAACUAAGAUGGUAUUAUUUAGUUUCAUACCUGGCAGUGAUUUCCUAUUUACUUAUUAUUUUAAGUUUCCUGUUUUAUUGACUUCAUAAAUUUGAGAUCAAUUAUUUUUCUUACUAAGUCAACAGGCUGCUGCUGUCAGUGUUCAGAACAUGAUGUCCUUAAAAGUUUUGACACUAAAUUAUGAACUUGAUUUAUAGUUGUGUAGGGAGGUGAAAGAGCAAAAGAAAGAAUAUAAAUAUGUCUUUGUUUAACCAUUUCUUACAAAUUAUUUACCAAGGUGCAAAGUGCACACCAAAAAAUAAAGUGGUUUUUUGUA